AUGGUGAGGAGCCUGCUCACCUUUAUGGUGUGGCGGCAUUGCGAGCUGGUGAAGGCUUCCAAAGGACCCGACAAGGGAGUCUCACGUGUUGGGAUCCGACCUGAGCAGGCUGGUGGGCGACAUAACACCCUCUACGCCUAUCCAAGCCUGCCUGCCAUAUUGGCCAAUGGCAGUGCCGUCGACCAAGGUGUCAUGCCGGAGUCCACCAGAACCACCUUCUGGGUUUGCUCCUCCAGGAAGGAACAGAGCCACUCUCUUUCCCAAGGAUCUCCCUGCAUCUGCCUUGGCAUGCCUGGCCAUGGCGAAAGCACUCACUUGCAGGGAGAGGAGAGCUACACAGCAGCUGCUCAGGUGGAAAGGGUACACCAGUUUGUUGAGUGCACUGGUCUGAACCAAAAGCCUUUCCACCUGGUUGGCAUGUCCAUGGGUGGAAUGAUUUGGCACAUGGCUGGAAUGAUUGCUGCUUGGUAUCCAUCUGAGGUCUGCUGCUUAUCCCUCAUGUGCCCAGCAGGUGAGUGUGCGCUGCUUAUCCCUCCUUUGCCCAUCAAGUCUAACACUGCAAAGAAAUCCCACUUUCUUGAGCGGGUGGUCGUGGACCAGAUCCAGGAUCUCAAUCUCGCAUUCUGGAUUUGUUCACCAGCAAAUUCAGCCAUGUGCUUUAUCUCCCGAACCUUAGGUCUGCGGUAUCGCACAGAUAAUGAGGUUGCCAAGCAAUUGUGGGAACUGAUUCACACAGGGAUUUCUGGACUAUCAGAUUCCACAUUACGCAAUAUUAAAAAAAUAGCAAAAUGUGAUGACAGAAAGAAGUCUAAUUUUGCUUUUUUUACUGGGAAAGGUUUGCUGGGCUGUAUCUCUGAGGAAUCCAGGUACACCCUUCAUGACAACAUGAGCAAGAUCAAGGCUCCCACACAGAUUAUUUGGGGAAUGCACGACAAGAUCACUGAUCCUUCUGGAGGAGAAAUUUUAGCUGCCACCAUCCCCAACUCCCAACUGCAUAUGCUGGAGAAAUGUGGACACUUCAUGAUGAUGGACAGGCCCAAGAAAUCCGCCAAGCUCCUUGUGGAAUUCCACAAUUCAGUCUGUGGCAAGGUGGAGGCUAAGAAGUCAAUAUAA